UUGCAAUCUAAGAAGGUUUUAUUCAAGACGACAUUUACCAAUACCACACAACGAGAACAAGAAUAUUCGUUCAAAACUGAGCGAUGCACAAGGAGUACGUCAACGGUGAUAAUCGAGAAGGGCGUCUGUCGUGGAAUGGAAGUGGCAUUGAAAUUAAAAACACCAUGCGAAGUUGUCGAAGCAAACGCCGGCUUUCACCAAGAAGUGCAACUCAAUCAUAUUGGUGAAAAUACUAGCGAAGAAGAGUUAUGUUGGGGUGUCGACAGUUGUGUCAGAGUGCCUCCUUCAUCGGAGACCGUAGCAGAGCUCGUGAUUCUUGAGGAGCAAUGCAAAAGGGAUUUCCGCAUCGAAAACCGUAUGACUGGCAAGAUUCUCGUGACAGUAACCAACCUGAAGCAAAACAAUAGCUUGGUCACAGUGAUUGAAGGCAACAUCGCAGACAUCAUCCGUGGCAUGGCAAAUUAUGCCGCGAAAGGAUUUACGAUCGAUGGAAAUGUGGUGAAAUACGAGACAAAGGGUACUUGUAUAUUUCGCUAUGGUGUAGAACAAAAAGUGAAAAUCAACGAAUCGUCACUUCGAUCAUACUAUAAAUAA